AACUUGGUGUCACUAGGAUUUGGCUGAGCGAGCUGCAAACUGCAGUGUUGAACUUGGCUUUUAAAAUAUUUAUCUAGAUUUCAGAUUAAAUUACAGUCUGAGAUUAUUGUGAACGGUAUUAUGGACAUUUCAAUUUCUGUUCCAAUAAUUUAUAUUAUAUAUCAAUAAAUGUUUUAGACUGACAUGAAAUAUGACGUACCCAUGGAGUUAAAUUAGCGAAAAUUGCAAUUCAAUUUUUUAUUCAUUUAAUUAUAUCGCUCUGUGCAGUGUGCAUGUGCAGUGUUUUCAAGAUCCACUAUCAUUCGCCGGUGUUGUUUAAAAUGUACUGGUGGCAGUUUAUUGUAAUUUUAAAUUGUUCCUGCCUCUUCGUAAAAGCAGCUGUUAUUCCCGACAGUGACGACGUGGAAGAACAAGGACUUUACAGUAAGUCCGAUCAUGUCACUAUAUUGACUAAUAAAAAUUUCGACAAUAAAAUUUAUGGUCAAAGAAAUGCUUUCGUCAUACAAUUUUACAAUAGUUAUUGUGGCCACUGUAGAGCCUUCGCACCAAAGUUUAAAAGUUUGGCAGCUGAGCUAGACCCAUGGAAAAAUAUGGUCAAACUGGCAGUACUUGAUUGCUCUAUUGAGGAAAAUAAUGAAAUAUGCCGUCAGUUUGAAGUUAUGGCUUAUCCGUCACUGCGAUAUUUGCACGAAAACUAUCUGAAGGGUAAUGGUAAUGUGGGUGAUAAGUUUCAUCCAACUGAUACUGCAGAGAAGUUAAAAACUCAAUUAAUAAACAAAAUGCAAAAUGAACAAACUAUGGGGCGUUUAAGAUUUGCACCACCCUUGAAUAUUGCGUCUUAUAGUAAAUUAACAGAUGCCCUUGGUAAAACUCCACAAGAUGUAAUUUACACUUUCCUUAUAUUUGAGAAUGAAAACUCAACCGUUGGUUCAGAGAUAGCACUUGAUAUGAAUGAUUAUGAGCAUAUUAAAGUGACAAGGGUGUAUGAUACCAGUGAGUUGGCUGACAGUAUAAAGGUAACAACAUUCCCAGGCAUUGUGGCAGUGACAGGGAACAUGGAACCAACAAUACUGACUCCAAAACAAACAAAGCAGGACAUACUAAAAUCAAUAAAUACAUUUUUAAAAUCCAAGAACUAUAAAUUUCCUCUAAGAAAUAUUGAGCAUGAAGAAAGCACCAUUUCAAUGCAUCAAAAUGGUGCUAUAUCACAUGACUCCAAUGUAGUAUAUUAUAAUGAUUUAGAGAAAACGCUAAAGACAAGUUUACAUACUGAGAUCACAAGGCACAAAAUAUUAAGCAAUGAACCGCUGCAAGCACUUAUAGAGUAUUUAAAUGUUCUGAUAUUAGCAUACCCAUUCAGAGGAAACCUUAAAGAAUAUAUAGUAAACUUAAGAGACCAUCUUAGUAGUAAAACUCAAUGGAGUGGCAGUGAGGUGUAUGAUUUGGUAAUUCAACUAGAAAGGGCACAUGCACCAGUAUUUUCUGCUGAUCUAGAUUAUGUGAGAUGUAAAGGUAGUCGAGCCGGGUACCGUGGAUAUUCUUGUGGCCUUUGGACUUUAUUUCACACACUUACAGUCAAUGCUGCUCAGAAACCAGGCAAAGAAGGCCCAAGAGUUCUAAAAGCAAUGCACGGUUAUAUAAAAAAUUUCUUUGGUUGUACUGAAUGUGCUGAACACUUCCAAGCUAUGGCUCUCAGAAAUAGAAUAUUUGACGUAAAAGAUAAUGACAAAGCAGUGCUCUGGUUGUGGAUUUCACACAACGAAGUCAACUUGAGACUCGCUGGUGAUGUAACAGAGGACCCAGAACAUCCGAAAAUACAGUUCCCAAGUGUCACACAGUGUCCUGAGUGUAGGCAAGACAGAGGUGCUUGGAACUUGCCAGCAGUGUAUGACUACUUGCAGAAAAUCUAUGGCGCCAUCAAUAUUCAAGACGCCAGGCCAACUAAGUCUGCAGCCGGUUCACCCAGCCCACUCUCCAACCUGGACAUUGGGAUGUUAAGCUUCCUUCUGAUUCACCGCCUGUGGAGAGACAGUCAACUGUUGAUUUAGGUUAAGGUACAUGAAUGCUUAAGUUAUAUCAAUGUGACGUACAUCAAGCCCAGUUCCAAGUGCUCAUAUUUUGAACAUUUCUACGCUUCACAACCCAGUGAUGUUAUUUAAAAUAUUUAUUUUGAUACUUAAAUAGAAUCUCGUCUAUCUUAAACAAUUGCAUGAAAAUAAUUAAUACUAUUAGAUAAUUUCGACUUUUGUACUGGUAGUUUUUAUAAUAAAUCUUCUGACACCUAAAUAAAGACAGUAGGUAUUAUAAUAAAAAAA